UACAUGUUUUGCGUCACUCGUCAUCGUCAGUGUCUGUUUACGAAUGUUGCACUGGUAAAUCGAAAUACUAGGUACUUGUUUUUUAACUUAGUUUAUAAUGUUAUUUGUGAAAUCGUUUACCAAACUUACCAAAAUUGUUGCUCGUGCGUUGUAAUCGAACAGACAUCUUUGACCCAAAGGCCAUCAAAGGAUUUCCCUAAUGUGAGAGCUCAAUGCCAGAUUUCUCCUUCGGCGUAUUGAGAAACCUUAAUCAAACGAACGAAUGUUGCAGCAUUCCCUGCGAAAGUGGCCAUAACUACCUACUCUAGUUGAAUUAAGAAACUAACCAGUCAUCACAAACGAUGGGCGCCCCCGUAAUCUACCACGAGCGGCAGGUCAAGGAGCUGUGCGCCCUCCACGCGUUGAACAAUCUGUUCCAGGACGCCUCCAGCUUCAACAAGACCCAGCUGGACGAAAUCUGUCGCGAGCUGUCCCCGAACGACUUCAUAAACCCGCACCGGUCCAUCCUGGGCCUGGGAAACUACGACAUCAACGUGAUAAUCACCGCACUGCACGUGAAACAGUGCGAAGCCAUAUGGUUCGACAAGCGGCGGGACCCGUCCUGCAUCGACACUUCCAAAAUCGUAGGUCUAAUCCUGAACGUACCCUCGAAAUACUCGAUCGGAUUCAUGAAGUUCCCGCUGCAACGGCGCCACUGGAUCAGCGUGAAGAAGAUCAACGGCGAGUACUGGAACCUGGACUCGAAGCUGGACGCACCGCAGAAAAUCGGCGACGAGUCGCAAAUCAUGGAAUACCUGCGGAACCAGCUGGCCGGUAACGACAAGGAACUGUUUGUGGUGUGCACGCAGGGCGUCGAGAGCAGUGAAGCGUGGCUGCUGCCGGAGCACCGGCGGAACUCGACGGCGGCGGAGAACUAGUAGAGAGGUGGUAACGGUGACAGGGGUGCAUGUGUACAGAUUCAAUGUGGUUUAAAGAGCGCAAGUAAAACGAAUAAAACUCAAUCAAGUUCAAAUUAAA